GCUGCAGCCAUCUCCUCAAGCCAUUUGACUUCUGACGAAUGAGCGUUCCAAGUCUUUCGCUUGAAUCGCCGGAUUCAUCGACACCGAACUAUUAAUAAACCAGCGAUAGCUUUGCCGAAGCAUAGCAGAGGGUCUUGGUUGUGGUGGCCCUUUGGGAAUUUCCGCACCGCCCAUUCUGCAAUCUAUCGACAUAUUAGAGCAUGUUUUGGACCCUUUCGACCAGAGACCUCGUCAUUCAGAAAGUCAUCAAAAUCGUUUGAACAUUGCUCUCAGUCUUUUCAGCCCUCCUUCAUCAUGGCGAGCUUUGCCAAAACCGUCAGUCAUCAGGCUACCAGCAGCCGUGCAACUAUCGCGAUAUUAUCUUCACAGCAUGAGAGAGGCACUCCACCACAUCCGUCCAGGAUACAUCCCCCAUAUGCUUGCGGUCAAUACCCGGAAGUGCAAGACACGGUGGAGCGAAAGCGUAAUCCUCUGCGGUCCUUGAAGAGUAGAGGCCCAAAAAAACAACGAAACGAUAUCAAUAAGCACAGGUCCUUCCCGGUCAAGAAUCCUCCAGAUCGAAUACCGAACAGACAAGCAUCUUGUCAAGACACAGCAUUUCUGAGCCUACAAUCCUACCAGGGCGCCGAUAAGUGGUUCAAAAACCUCGAAACCAUAACACUACCUAUAUUCAUGAGGCAAGAAAAUACUCUUGCUAGAAUUGGCCCUCCACCUAAAGAAGUUCGUAUCGCGAUUUUAGACAGCGGUAUAGAUUCAGGGUUUCACUUCAGAGACAGGGUCUAUAAGAGAAGCAAAAAUUUUAUAUCCGGCGAAAGCGAGCACAAUUACAAUAAAGGUGAGACGGGCCAUGGCACAGCAGUUGCAUACCAAGUAGCUCGUGCGUGCCCAAAUGCCAAGUUAUACAUCGCUCGAGUAGCCAAACGCAAUGACGAUGGAGGUAAACCAGUGCCAGAUAAGCAGGCUAUAGUCAAGGCUUUGCAAUGGGCUAGCAGGGAGGAAGUCGACAUCAUCAUCAUGUCUUUUGGAUGGGAGACACAGGAUGAUGGUGACGGUGUGGAGGAUGAGCUAGACAACAUCAAGAACAAGAAGUCGAUCCUAAUGUUUGCUGCUUCCACCAACGACGGAACGCUCGGGAAGAUGCUGUUUCCAGCCCGACAUUGCGGCGUCAUCGCGGUUGAUGCUUUCGAUGGUUUCGGCAAGGAAAUUCCGACCACGGGAACGCCAGACAGUGAUUGGAAGCGAGAACGAUUCGCUGCUCCUGGUAGAUAUCUCUCUGCUGGAGGAGACAAAAGAGUGACAGGCAGCUCCUACGCUUGUCCAAUUGUUGCUGGUAUCGCAGGUCUAGUGAUAGAAGCAUGUCGACGGGAGAUGCCGCGACCGGAAGCGAGUGUAUACAAACGUCUAGAAACUCGGGAGGCCAUGGAAUCCAUUCUGAAGUUGCUAUCGACACCAAAGGGCGACUUCAAUUUCUUGACGCCUUGGGAGAUGCUCCGAGAGGACAGAGAGGAAAAUCCUUGUGAGACAUUCGAUUUUUGUCGGAGCAUCAUCAAGGGGCCACUGAGACCGUAUCUGCGUUGUGGUGCUUCGUUCAUGAUGAAAGGCAACAUGGCGAUAUCACUUAUUUCUCCAACCGCUGCAAGCUAGAUUUUUGCGCUCCUUGUCGAGCUCGGUAUCUCUGUAGACAAUAGUCUUUAUUCCUCGACACGCUUCGGUGAGCUUGUUAUCUUCAUAGCAAAACAGGCUAGAGUUAAAUAUAAACACAAAAACAUUGUGAGAAAAUGGGAGCCAGCGACAGCAGAUCCGGGACAAUGAUAUAGGGGGGUUCGUCGUCCUAAGGUAAGUCUUAGUGGAACUCCGUGAAAAUAUGUCUCGUGGUGGCGUGGGCGCGACCAUGUAAACGACCAAUCCAGGCAUGCUGAUCUAUAAAAUAACAUCAGCAUGAGUCUGCCUUACAUGAAGUUAAUCGACUUGUCCUCAUUCGGGUGCAAAUGGAAGAAGACGAUGUUGAAG